UUUCUCUUUCACAGUCAGAGAGCUCUUGAACGGAGACGAGAAUCUCGGUCGCGCCGUCAACUUUUUUUUCUUUGUAGAGAAGAGAAUUAUCUAUUUCCGAUCCAACGAGUUGAGAGCUUUGGUUCGGAAAUCUCCCUUUUUCUUUCUUCCCCAAUUCGAUUUCCUUUACCAAGCUAGGCGCGGCGCUUGAUCUCGCUAUCUCUCAGAGACAGCUGAGAGCUGAGGAUAUUGGAAGGUGGAAUCUUGAAUGGCUGAACUUCCGGGUCAAAUAAGACGUAUGGGCGGUGGAAUUAGCCAACUGCUCGAACAGAUAUGUGGGUUUUCGAGAAGAUGUUUGUUUCAGGUCAUAUCUAUGGGUCCUAUACCUAAUCAUCUCGCUUUUAUCAUGGAUGGAAAUCGGAGAUAUGCAAAGAAGUGUGGUCUUGAAGACGGAUCUGGUCAUAAAGCUGGGUUUUCUGCCCUUAUGUUGAUGCUACAAUACUGCUACGAGCUGGGUAUUAAGUAUGUUACGAUAUACGCUUUUAGCAUAGAUAAUUUUAGAAGACAACCUGAGGAGGUUCAGUCUCUAAUGGAUUUGAUGCUGGAAAAGAUUAAUUCCUUGCUUGAGAAAGAGAGUAUUGUUCAUCAGUAUGGGAUUCGGGUCUAUUUUAUUGGUAACUUGGCGCUUCUGAAUGACCAAGUGAGAGUUGCUGCAGAAAAAGUCAUGAAGGCCACAGCCAAGAAUAGUCGGGUAGUGCUUCUCAUCUGCAUUGCCUAUAACUCGACAGAUGAGAUCGUACAAGCUGUCAAGAAAUCUUGUAUUAACAAGUCAGACAAUAUUAAAGCGUCUGGUAAUUAUAAACAUGAGGAUGCAGAUAGUGAUGUAGAAAGAAAGGAUAUGGAGAACCAAGAGGAAAGGAUUCAAUUGGUAGAUAUUGAGGAGAAUAUGCAGAUGAGCGUUGCUCCGAAUCCUGAUAUACUUAUCAGGAGUUCAGGAGAGGCGAGGUUGAGCAACUUUCUCUUAUGGCAAACAGGUAAUUCCCAGCUCUGCUCUCCGGCUGCUCUGUGGCCUGAGAUCGGUCUGAGGCAUUUGGUCUGGGCUAUAUUGAACUUCCAAAGAAGCCAUUCAUACUUGGAAAAGAGGAAGAAACAAUUGUGAUUGUCCUGAAGUGAAGGAUAUACAAAAGCUCCCUUUUCUAUUUUGGCUUCGUGCUGUGAUGUGAUGCUCUUGUAGUAUACUAUCAAAAGGAAACUUGGGAUUACAUAGAACAAAGCAAUGUAAUUUACACACAAACUCAUUUGAGAUUUUUGUUAUGAACCCUUGACGAAAGAGUCCUCCCUAAAGACAUUAUACUUCUUGGUUCUGUA